ACAGGAUGUGGAGUCACUGCUGGAUCAUUAAGCCCCCGACCCACGCGUCCGCAUCUGCACAGGAAAACGCAACAUUGUUAUGUGAGAAAGUCGUCGGUUUGUCUUCAGCGUCCCGACCAGCGGCUUUGAGAGCGACCCAAUCUCUGUCGGUGAUGACUCUCCUCUGGACUCUCGUCUCGGCAUCGAUGCUGGUUCUGUUGGCGGCCGAACCGCUGAGCAGCCUGGAGGAAAAUGAAAAUGAAGUCCUGACGAUGGGGCCCUUCAGGAGCCGAGCCAGUGAAAAUCAGGUGAUUGAAAAUGAAAUUAGAAACAUAAGUGAACCGGCACAGAACCAGACACCUACCACAACAGCUCUGUUGACUACUCCACCUCCCGAAAGCUCCACGUUUGCUCCUCGGUGUCCAGGAAAUCAGGUGAUGCAGAAGAGUGGCUGUGGCUGUCCAUCCGGAACAGUGGAGGUUGGUGACAACUGUACCUGCCCUGCGGGGUUUGCUCUGGAGGGAGCAGCCGAGUGCAAAGAUGUUGAUGAAUGUGAAGGAGAGAGACCAUGCGGCCUCCAUGCCAGCUGCACUAAUACCCCCGGCUCUUACUCAUGUGCCUGUAUCCGUGGUUACCUGAUGGGUUCUGGAGGGUGCCAGGAUAUAGAUGAGUGUGCGCUGGCUGCAGUGACGGGUCUGCUGGCUUGUCCAGAUGGAGUGGAAUGCAGAAACACCGAGGGCUCCUUCACCUGUUCAUGUCCCGUGGGACAUGUAAAGGCGUUAACUGGACAAGCCUGUGUAGAUGUGGAUGAGUGCAGCUUCGAGGAGAAAUGUCGCCGUGAACUGGGAAACGUGUGCGUGAACACUCCGGGCAGCUUCCUGUGUCAGUGCCAGCCGGGCUUCAGGGCAGAGACUCCUGCCUGCGCCGGUGCCGUGUGUCCGGACUACACCAUGUGUCAAGAUGUGGAUGAAUGUCUGGAGAAUCCUGGGGUGUGUGAUGGUCAGGGUGUGUGCGAAAACACGCUUGGGAGCUACAAGUGUGUUUGUGGGCCCGGUUACCGGGGAAACGGCACAUACUGUGAAGACGAGAAUGAGUGUGCAUCAGGUGGUCACAGGUGCGACACUAACGCUCGGUGCGGCAACGUGAUCGGUUCGUAUUUCUGCCAGUGUUAUCAGGGCUUUAACGGAGACGGGCACACUUGUUUUGACAUUGACGAGUGUCUCAUGGACAACGGCCACUGCGAACACAACUGCACCAAUGAGCAUGGAAGGUACACCUGCCAGUGUGCCACAGGUUACCAGCUGGACAAGGAUGGACACAACUGCACAGAUCUGGAUGAGUGUCGAGCUCUAAAUGGGACCUGUGAUCACAUUUGCAUCAACACUCUGGGAUCUUUCCAGUGUUCCUGCAGGCCAGGCUACCAGCUGCACAUUGAUGGCCGCGCCUGCGUGGACAUUGAUGAAUGCAAACUCCAGAAUGGCGGAUGCUCUAAAACUUGCACCAACUCUCCAGGAGGAUACGCAUGUCACUGCCCACCUCCCCUGUUGUUGGACACAGACAACCUCCGAUGCACCAAUGUUACAUCUUGCAAGUGGAGAAAUGGUGGAUGCGAGCACGUAUGUGCUGUGAGGGCAGAGGGCCACAUCCAGUGUAGCUGUGCAGCGGGCUGGAAGCUGGGAGAAGACACGAGGAGCUGCGUUGAUGUGAACGAAUGUGGAGACUUCACAAACGGAGGCUGUGAGCAGCUCUGUGUGAACCAUCCUGGAGGCUUCAACUGCAGCUGCAGGGAGGGCUACGACGUUCGAACAGAUGAGCCCGACAAGUGCCGGCCCACGUGUGAUCCCCCGUGUCAGAACUACGGCGUAUGUGUGGCGCCAAACAGCUGUGACUGUCCUCCGGGUUAUCCUGGCGUGGGCUGCUCAGCCACAUGCUCUCCACCCUGCGCGCAUGGAGGAACCUGCAUGCGCUGGGACGAGUGUUUAUGCCCUCCUGGCUGGAUGGGAGCAGGCUGCCACACAGCUGUGUGUGAGCUGCCUUGUGCUAACGGCGGUCGCUGUGUGGGCCCUGACACUUGCCAGUGCCCCUCCGACUACACUGGCCCUCAGUGCCUUUUGCCUCUGUGCACUCCUGCCUGUCAAAAUGGGGGAAGAUGCGUAGAUGUCAACAAAUGCACAUGUGUUGGUGGAUGGCAAGGCGCUCGAUGCCAGAUAGAGCCUGUUGAGUGUCAGAAGCUUUGUAAGAACGGUGGAGUGUGCGUAGGCCUCAACAGGUGUCGCUGCAACAAAGGAUUCACUGGACAUCACUGUGAGACAGCUGUGACCACACCCUGCAUCCCACCGUGUCAACAUGGAGCCACCUGCAGCCCUCACAACACCUGCACCUGUCCGGAGGGCACGGCAGGUCUCCGCUGUGAGAGGCUGACAUGCCCUGUGGUCACCACGGUGGUCAGUAUGGCUCGGGCAGUGAGGAAGGCAUUCAGGGAAAGUUAUGUUGAUCGAUGUGGACCCUUGGGUGUCCAGCUUUGCACUAAAUACAGGAUGAACCAGGCUCGUGUGUACCUGCAGGCCUACAGAGUUGGCUACAAAAUCCAGUGUCCUGAGAAGAAGAGGAGCUAAGCAGUGCUGGAUGCAGAGAAUGUUGCUCAUCAUCUGCAGCGGAAAGCAUUUUCAACAACACGAAUGCUGAAAUAAAGCAUGGAAACUGGAGUCAAUUAAAGUGAAAACAUCUGAGGGUUUCAGAGGGCUGUUGUGGCCUGGUACCAACCACCGGGCUGAGAUAAAAGGAGGCCACUGGUGGGAAGAUAUGCAACUUUCAUGAAUGUUUUUUCUCGCCUAAUCUUUCUCAAUGUAGAUUGAUGGACUCCAAUUUGUUUGGAAAUGGUUUUGUGGACAUUUCCAGACUGAUGAGCAUCUAACCAAUAGCUAAAGUUUGAAUGAAUGUGUUCAUGCAUCAGGAUAAUAAUCCCAAACUCUGGCCCAGUCAAACUCCAGACCUCAACCUGACUGAAAUGCUGUGGUAGGACCUGAACAGAGUUGUGGAUAAACCAAUGCCCACAAAAUUCAAUCAACAAGUCCUUGUUACACAUUUUAAAUUCAAAAUAAAUAAAUACAACUUAUAACUUUACUUUUGCCAGUUUGGUGGCAAAUAGGAAAUUAAAUUUUUCCACAAUCUGUUGAAUGCACCAACAGCAUUUUAAACUUCAUACAAAAAUUAGAAUAUCUGUGCUGUGGGCGUCACGUGCCAGUUUAAGGCAUAAGUGUUGACAAGAAGCUGCUUUAAAGAUGAAUCAGUGCCUGUUGUUUGCUGAGGCCGUAGUCUGUACUCUGUAUUUUCUCAUAUAGUUACUUGCUUGGUUCAACAGGCAUCCAGUUUAUUUUAAGUCCAGAUUUAGGUUGUAUGAUAGCUGGAAGCUGCAGGGAAAAAAACGGUGCAUCCGUGGAAGAGAAGGGUGGAUUGGAAGUGUCUUUGUUUUGUAUUUCAGAUCCGAGUUCUGGACAACACUUUUGUUCUUGAAAAUCAGCACUAAUGUGCUUUUCCUCCAUUAUUCAGGCCUUCUUUCACCGUCUAAGAUGCUGAACAAUCUAGUUAAAUACUUGCGUCGCUUCUCUCCUAGACACUGUUAUACUUCUGCCAAUAUGUCAUUGUGAACUUUCCAUUUUUCUUUUUCCUUCAAAGCUGUUCUCAUUCCAACCUCAUUGAUUCUUGGCACUCUUGGUACCGAUGCUGCACCACCUACCCUUCUCUCGCUCUCGCUUUGUGUUUUCAUCAACAAGAAUCAAUGUUUACUUUCUGUCAACUGCAUCUACAGUACGCAAUCAAAUAGAUUAAUAAAAUUCUGUUUAUUUCUUUA